AUGACGCGACUCGGAAAACUCGUGAUGGGGUUCUUUCUACUCCAAGCCGCUUCAGGGAACGAUGAAGCGGCCCCGGAGAUCCUCAAACGCGACGUCGCUGUUAUUGGGGGUGGCUCCAGCGGAACCUAUGCUGCUGUCAGGCUGCAACAGCUGGGCAAGAGUGUGGCCCUCAUCGAAAAAGCCGGGCGACUGGGCGGACAUACGAAUACAUAUGUUGAUGCCAAGACCGGCAUGACUUUUGACUACGGCACUCAGAACUUCGUCAACACUACAGAGGUGUACAACUAUUUCCGCAGACUGGGCGUGCCCCUGGCGCCAUUCGCACCAAAGAGGCAAUCCGUGGCCGUAGACAUGGCCCGCGAGCGGCCCGGGCCUUCUUGGCCAAUCGUCAACGCCAACGACACCGCGGCUGCUCUCGAGCGAUACAAAGUACAGCUGGCCAAGUACCCCGACGACUUCUUCCGCGGAUACCAUCUGCCUGACCCUGUACCGGAGGACCUGCUCCUCCCCUGGGGCGACUUUGUCCAAAAGUAUGACCUCGGCGCACUCGCGUACGAUGGAUGGCUGCGGUUUCAAGGCAUGGGCAAUGUUCUUGCCCAGCCCACUCUUUACGUCAUGAAGCUGUUCAACCCAAUGCAAGUCCGGGCCCGCGAGGAGAAUUCAAAGGUCUACGAGGCGAACGACGAUCUCCAGUCACUUUGGAACGCGGCUCAGGCAUUCCUCGGCGAUAGCGCUGUCACUUGGGCAGAAAUCAGCCGUAUCGACCGCCAAGACGACUGCGUCACCGUCUCGAUCACAACGCCUUCUGGCCCCAAAACCGUUCACGCUUCCAAACUACUCAUUACCAUUCCCCCAACUCUGGAUAACCUCAAGCCCUUCCUCGAUCUCAGCGACGAAGAGAGCCAGGUAUUUGGUCAGCUGAACAACAGUUAUUACUACAACGCCGUCAUCUCUCGCUCAGGUUUUCCCGCCGGGACAUCGGUAUAUAGUUAUGACUUGGAGUCCCAGUACGGUAUCCCCGCCAUGCCGGGUGUCUACUACUUCACGGCCGAGACUGUCUCAGACCUCUGGUCCACACAAUACACCAGUCCCGAUUAUCAGUCAGAGGAAACAGUCAAAGCGACAAUUCUGGCACAGGUACACGAAGCUCGACGUGCGCUGGGCCGGCCUGACGAUAUCAUGCCGGAAAUCAUGGCAUUCAACAACCACUCGCCUUUUGGUCUGACUGUGUCCACGGACGCUAUUCGUUCCGGGUUCUACAAGCGCUACACGGCGCUUCAGAGUCAAAGAAACACGUUUUGGACAGGUCACUCGUGGAGCUCCGGGAGCUCCAGCACGAUCUGGGACUUUACAGAAUAUGAAGUCUUGCCAGCGAUCAUGGCUUCGCUGGAAAAGUAA